AUGAAAAUCAAAGCUAUUCUUUUAUUCGUAGUAAUAAUAUUACAAAUAAUAGUGGGAAAUAAGGCAGACGACAAUGUCGUUGCCUCGACCGUCAGUACCAUAGUUGAGGAAGACACCACUACCAUAUCCGGCGACAUGAGUCACCUCUUGAAGAAUGACACCACUAUGGUCCCCAACGAUGACACAACCAUUCCCGAAAACACCACUAUCAUCUCCGACGAAGACAAUACUACCACUGAAAAAUAUUAUAAUCCCUACGAAGACGAAUAUCAACUGUUUCUGUGGAAGAAUUUAUUUCUAAAGGUGAAUGAUCUAUUGGUGGAGACGAAGAACAUGAACAGAGAAACGAAGGAAAUGUACAACGAAACGAAGGAAAUGCACAGCGAAAUAAAUAGACUAAACACCAAUCUGUUAGAUGUGAAUCAGAAAAUUGAUGAUUUGACCAAAAGGCAAGGGGAACUGGAAGGGAACAUGGCAAAAAUAGUGGAGCAACAAAUGUCAUCGAUGAAUGUCACCUUGAUGGAGAGGCAAGAGGAACUGGAAGGGAACGUGGCAAAAAUAGUGGAGCAACAAAUGUCAUCGAUGAAUGUCACCUUGAUGGAGAGGCAAGGGGAACUGGAAGGGAACAUGGCAAAAAUAGUGGAGCAACAAAUGUCAUCGAUGAAUGUCACCUUGAUGGAGAGAAAAGACCUUGGGACUUUACGAAAUUGGACAACAAUUGUCAGACGCAUGGACGGCUCUGUCAAUUUUUACCGAGGUUGGAAUGAGUAUAAAAAUGGGUUCGGUAAUCCACCGCACGGCGAAUUCUUUAUUGGCCUAGACAGAUUGCAUGAAUUGACGACAGCCGUUCCUAAUAUCGAACUUAAAGUGAUUUUAAGAGAUUGGCAGGGUGAGGAACGUUACGCUCACUAUGAUGGCUUUCGAAUAGGAAAUGAAGAUGAGAAAUAUCAACUCAAGGUACUAGGCAAAUACAGUGGCACUGCUGGUGAUUCCUUGGCAUAUCACAAAGGUGCGAAGUUUUCUACCUUCGAUGAGGAUAAUGAUGAAUAUGGAGUCAUCUAUUUGGACCAUAUAGAAAAGGAGAGAAUAUAA